AUGGAAAACCAAGCAGAUCCUAUGUUAGCAGAGAAAAUCGAUCCUGUUCAGAGAACACCAGUAAUAACCCAACAACCUGCAUCAUUUCUUAUCUUACAAAAUCAUCCUACAGAAGUGAAGUGCCCAUUCUGUAAAGCAGAUGUUAAAACGAUUGUUAAAUAUAAUAAUGGCAUGAUAACUUAUGUAGCGUGUGCAGGUUUAUGCAUCUUAGGGUGCUGUUGUGGAUGUUGUCUAAUUCCAUUUUGCAUCAACGCAUUGAAAGACGUGGAUCAUAAAUGUCCAAAUUGUCAUAAAUAUCUUGGAAAAUAUCGAACAUUUCAAGAGAAGUUUUUUAAAUGA